AGGGUUUGGAAUCGCUCCCAUGAGUGGUGUUGGUCUCUGGUUGCCGUUUAUCUUCCAGCCAAUCAGCCGGCCAUUAAGUGCUCUGGAAGGCGUUUCCUUCCCUCUGUUUGUGGACGUGAAAGCCUCCUUUGAUGGGAGAGAAGUUUGAAGCGGAGCCGCGGGCAGCAGGAGGGAGACGCUCAUUCUUUCUCCGCAGACUUUUGGAGGAAACGCACGUCCCGCGUCUCAACAACUAGUAAUCACCCGCGUGGAAAUAGAUCGUGUUGUGUUUUUUAAACGUGUUCAGGCAAAACUUAAGUGUCAUCUGGGAUCGGAACCGCCGCCUCAUUGAUGGUGUCUCCGGCGUGCAGCCGUGCGUGCUUGUCCGGGAAGAGGUGCGCUGCAACACCGAGGGACUGUGCAACAAAAUAAAAGAACACAGGAAGCUACUCGUCUGGAAGUAUCUCUCUCUCUCGUAACUCGCUGGAGUUUUGCAACUUUUUUUUUUUCACUAGAAAUGGUUGGUAGGUUGAACUUGCCAAAUGUAUGCGAAGGAGACCCUCUGGAUAUGAGCUGCAGGGCUGAUAGAGGACUUGAUAGCCCGGACUCCGGGUUACCCCCGAGUCCGAGCCCCAGCGCCUGGCUGCAGCCUGUGUGCGCGGAUAAAGCCGGCGGUGUGAGCCCGGUGUCCGAAGACGAAGGAAGGGGCUCCCUGGUUCCAGUUUUACCGGUUGAAUCUUUCCCUCAGCUGCACCCACUCUCUUUUGGAGAAGGAAUAGCACUUGACCCAUUACCUGCAAAGGAAAUGAGAUACACCUCAUCCGUGCACUACGACUCGGACCGGCACUUCAUCCAGGACGUGGCCCUGCUGCCCCUGGGCCAGGGCCUUGAGAACUGCCAGCAGACCAUCGUGGCCAUGUCCCACAGCACCUGGCGCCACUACAAGACGCAGCUGGAGUUCCAACCCCGCCAUCGCCCCCAACGCUACCAGAGCACCACCAUCAUCUACCCCAAGAGAACCAGCGCCGUCUACACCACAGAGCUGAGCUAUGACUGCCACCGGCUAUCCAGGCGCUUCCUCUCCAGCGUGGAGCUGGAGGCGACUGGCCACAGAAAGCUACCUCAGUGAAAGCGGACGAAGGGGGCAGAUGGACGGGGCCACGCAACGGCAGUCGAUCACGUCGGCCCCUGUACUGGAGCUCCUCUAACGCUGGCUGCAACUGACCUGCUGUGUUGUCUCUUUACGUUUGUGUAGCUUGCUAUCCUUUAAGUACAAAGCUGGAAGAAGGACAGGGAGCUUCUCUGCUGUGAUGGCAAGGAUGGAUGAGUUGAUUCGCUCUUGAUAUGCAUAUGUCCCUGCCAGUGAACACAACAACAGAUUUUACAUGAGUAUUUUAUUAUUAAAUGCUUCACUUUGUUUGCCAUGUUAAGCUUUUCAGAGGUGUGAUCGUAUUUGUUUUUUUUUUUUACCAGCUGUAAAACUAAUAAGGACCAAGAUGAAGAGAAUACUACUUCGCCCUCAGCACAGUCGAGUCCCAUCAAGUUGGUCGGGCAUGCAGAGCGACUGGUUUUUAAUUUUUAAACGCAUUGAGGUCUAAGUCUGUCAUUGUAAUUUGUGUAUGGCUUGAGUAAAGGUGGCUGGGUGAGGAGCGGAACAGCAGUUAAACACGAUUCUGGGUUUGGAUGGAUGUUAAGAAAUCACUAAUUUACCCACAUUGUGCAAAAGGUGUGUUCACGUGUUUGGUUUUAUUUCACAGGGUAUUGUGUUUGUGCACAGCAUGACAGAAGUUUAGCUCUUCUCAAGCCUCGUCUCUAGCCACUCUUUACAGCUGCAGUUUGUAAUGUACUCUCCAGUUGUUGAUAGAUUGAGGGGGACCUUUCAGUACGAUCUGAUGCGGAAGCUUAAACAAACUGGUUAGGUAGGUAGGUAGUACAGAUGGAUCAUGAGUGUGGCGUUUACCAAUAAGUGGAUAGUAUGUCGGUAUCACUCACUGGUUUCUAUGUGAAAGUAACAAGCUGCAUUCCACUGCUAUAACUUUCUUUGGAUAUAUAUUUAUUCUUUUUUUUUUUGUUUUUGAAGUUUUAUGGUCUGGAGAUAUUUUUUAUAUCUGCUGAUUCACAUGUUUUCCCACAGUCGUGGCAGGAGGUGUCUGCGAAGUGUUUGUGCCUUACCGAUGUAUCUGUGAUGCUUUCAGUUUGAUUUUAGUCACUUAUUCAGUGCCAUUUUCAAAUAAAGUGAUAAAUACUUCAA